AUGGCAGAUUCAGAGUUAGGGAUCAGUAACCAAGUUUUGGAGCCUUCCAGUAGUCACCCUCUCGCGUCUCCCGUCUUCCCUACCCUUCAGAACGUGGUUUCCACUGUGAACUUGGGUUGCAAGCUGGACCUCAAGUUCAUUGUGCUUCAUGCACGAAAUUCCGAAUACAACCCCAAAAGAUUUGCUGCUGUGAUAAUGAGGAUCAAAGAACCCAAGACCACCGCACUCAUAUUUUCAUCUGGAAAGAUUGUUUGCACUGGAGCCAAAACCGAGCAGCUAUCCCUACUGGCCGCUCGCAAGUUCGCUCGAAUCAUUCAAAAACUUGGUUUUGAUGCUCAGUUCAAGGAUUUCAAGAUUCAGAACAUUGUUGCUUCUUGUGAUAUGAAGUUCCCUAUCAGUCUUGUGCGGCUUGCAGCUUUUCAUGGGAAGUUUGCAAUAUACGAGCCAGAGUUAUUUCCGGGAUUAAUAUAUCGAAUGAAAUCACCUAAAGUUGCCAUCCUGGUUUUUCCUUCGGGAAAUAUUGUUAUUGCUGGAGCUCAAAAGAGAGAUCUAAUUUUCCAAGCUUUCGAGAACAUAUACCCUGUUUUGAUGUCUUUCAAGAGAGAUUACAAGUGA